AUGGAAAAAUAUGAAGCAGGAAAGGACAGUCACAGAAAGGUGAAGCAGGAAAGGAGAAGGUCACAGAGUGGGAAGCACAAAGGAGAGUCGCAAAAAGGUGAAGCAUGGAAAGGAGAGUCACGAAAAGGUGAAGCAGGAAAAGGAGACAAAGGAGGAGAAGUCGCAAAAGGUGAAGCAGGAAAGGAGAGUCACAGAAAAGGUGAAGCAGGAAAGGAGAGUCACAGAAAAGGUGAAGCAGGAAAGGAGAGUCACAGAAAAGGUGAAGCAGGAAAGGAAAGGUCACAAAAAGGUCAAGCAGGAAAAGGAAAGGAGAGUCGCAGAAAAGGUGAAGCAGUGAAAAGGAGAGUUCGCAGAAAAGGUGAAGCAGGAAAAGAGUCGCAGGAAGGUGAAGCAGGAAAGGAGAGUCGCAGAAAAGGUGAAGCAGGAAAGGAGAGUCGCAGAAAAGGUGAAGCAGGAAAGGAGAGUCGCAGAAAAGGUGAAGCAGGAAAGGAGAGUCACAGAAAAGGUGAAGCAGAAAGGAUAUUCGCAGAAAAGGUGAAGCAGGAAAGGAAAGUCGCAGAAAAGGUGAGCGAAAGGAAAGGAUCGCAAGAAAAGGUGAAGCAGGACAGGAGAGUCACAGAAAAGGUGAAGCAGAAAAGGAGAUCGCAGAAAAAGGAAGCAGGAAAAUGGAAAGAGUUCGCAGAAAAGGUGAAAGCAGGAAAGGAGAGGUCGCAGAAAAGGUGGGGGAAGUCAGGAAAGGAGAGUCGCAGAAAAGGUGAAGCAGGACAAGGAAGUGAGUUCGCAGAAAAGGUUAAAGCAGGGAAAGGAGAGUCGCAGAAAAGGUUGAAGCAGCGAAAGGAGAGUCGCAGAAAAGGUGAAGCAGUGAAAAGGAGAGGUCGCAAGAAAAAAGGGUUGAAAGCAAAGGAAAGGAGGUCGCCAAGAAAAGGUGAAGCAGGAAAGGAAGAGUCGCAGAAAAGAAAAGAAAGGAAAGGGAAGGAAAGGAGAAAAGGUAAGCAGGAAAAGGAGAAGUUCGCAGAAAAAGGAAAGAAGGAAAGGGAAAGAAAGUUCGCAGAAAAAGGUAAGCAGGAAAGGAGGAGUUCGAAGGAAAAGGAAGAGGAAAGGAGAAAAAAGGUGAAGCAAAAGGAAAGGUUUGGAGAAGCAGGAAAAGGAGAAGCGAAAGAAAAGGUGAAGCAAAGGAAAAGAAAGAGUCGCGAAAAGGUGAAGCAGGAAAGAAGUCGCAGAAAAGGUGAAGCAGGAAAGGAGAGUCGCAGAAAAGGUGAAGCAGGAAAGGAGAGUCGCAGAAAAGGUGAAGCAGGAAAGGAGAGUCACAGAAAAGGUGAAGCAGGAAAGGAGAGUCGCAGAAAAGGUGAAGCAGGAAAGGAGAGUCGCAGAAAAGGUGAAGCAGGAAAGGAGAGUCGCAGAAAAGGUGAAGCAGGAAAGGAGAGUCGCAGAAAAGGUGAAGCAGGAAAGGAAAAGUCGCGAAAAGGUGAAGCAAAAAGGAGAGAAAAGGUGAAGAGAGGAGGUAGAGUGAAGAGGAAAGGAAAGCGCAGAAAAGGGAAGCAGAAAGAAGAGUCGCAGAAAAGGUGA